AUGGACGGGCAGGUAAAAUUCCGGUUGUUGAAGCAGAACAUGACGAAGUUCAUCGAGGAUAUGACAAGCAGCGAGUUCGGGAGAACAGAAAAAAGUUCCGCGUAUUUCUUGGAGCAUUCGACGUUAGAUGGAACCAUCAACCCGUUUGCGGUGGAAGCGGUCCAGAAGGACGCUUUUUCGACCAGUGUUUUACCCGCUGGAUCCGAGUCUGCGUACGGACAGCCUGCUACAACUGGGGAAUCAACCACCAUGUUUUCCUCCGUGCUCUCCUACUUUUCCCCCGACGGGGAAUCUUUAGACACGACCGCGCAACAAAAUCUCUGGCGGAAGAAUUUUGUCCCGAAACACUCCGAUGUGCUGUUUGUGGACAAAAUCCUCGUCGAAGCGGCGAAGGAUGAAUUUGGGACGGAUAAAAGGGUGCUCGGCGUGGUGGAUGCGGGAAAAACGGAAUUGGAUUUGGGUGAAGUGGAUAGUUCUUCUAGCAGUACAACAUCCGGGCAGGUCGAACCUAUCCCAGUCUUGGCGAGUUACAAUCCGUACGGGCACUCCCUAACCCGGAUCGUCGACCACGCGGCGACCGGCGAUGGGAACCACGUGGCGCACUCCUCUGUGGUUGAAGAAACAGCUACUCCUUUUCUCCCGAAUCUGUUCUUGUCGGCGUUGACCAGCAAAGGCCAGCAGGUGUCCUCGCAGCCUUAUUACCAAAAAGCGGACUUGUCGUACGACUUGAACGAUUUUUAUCAGACCAAAGUGCGGAUUUUGGAGAUUACCGAUGAGGACUAUUCCGUGAAAAAUCUGCAGUUUCUCGACGAGGAUUACCAAACGGGGCUGAUUAAGGGAAAGUUGACCUGGGAACUGCUGCACAGAUCCAGCAAGUUAGACAAAACUGAAGACGGGUUGAUGACAGGAGAUGAGACCGAAACACUAGACCCCGCGACCGACUACAGCAAGAAACAGUACAGCAACAUCCGCUAUGAUAUCUUCCUUGGCGAUUUCAACGCGGAAUCCGUCCAGAGGUACAUCGGCUCCGCUUACAACGGUAGUACUGCGUUUACCUUCGAAUACAACACGUAUCUGACUUCUCCCCGCGCGACCGUGGUGACGGUGAAAAUCGGAAAAGUGAGCAAACAAACAUCCGGAACAAGCAACAACCCUUCGAAGAGGAUAAAAUCCAACGGUUUAUCUGUGUCGAUUUUCGACCAAACCUCCACUGUGAGCAAUUUGCUUUUCAAAGACUUGAAUCCGAACUAUGGGUACAUCUCUGGUUUGCUGCAGUGGUCGAACCCCUUGAUCAGAAAGGAUUUGAUCCCGCACUGCAAGGUCGAGAUCUACCAGGCAGAUAACGUCGAUGCUUUCGGAGACUUGAUAAGGCCGAAUUUGGUCGCGGAAUUGGAUUACGCGAGCUUAAGCAACCAGAAUUCCUUGGAGGGGAUGCACUUUAUCGGACUCGAGUCGCUGAAGGUCGAGCAGUUGUUGGUGAACGCGAGCGCUUCUGGGGUGACAAGAGCGUUUGAGACGACAACAGACCCGAGUUGCGCUGCGGAUGGGUCCAAUUGCAAGGAGUUCACGACUAUCAAAUGCAAAAAUGUCUGGGUCUGGAAGGAUCCAAGGUUUGUCAUGCACAUUUUGCAUGACUCCUGAUGUCUGUGAUGCAUGCCCUAGCAUCACAGAUUUUGUGAGGGCUUCCUGAUGCCUAUACCGCAUGACAAAUGCGCAUUCCGUGUAGCAAAACUUGGACUCUCUUUGCUGCUCAUGCAAUACAGAUUUUUUUAGAAUCCAAAUGCAGCAUCACAAGUUCCAACUUUCCAGACCCAGACACUUCUGCAAUCCAUAACGACGGAUAAGAUCACGUAUGAAGCCUACAACUUCACGCCGUCUGGAAUUGCGGGUGAAACCGCGAAGCAUCCCCGUUACACCGCUGUGGGUUUGAACCCGGAUGUGGGCUAUUCCAGGAGGCACAUAUCAACAGUAAAUCUACUUGUUCCGUACACGACGUACAAAAACAUGCGGUUCCUCCAUGACAAAACUUUCCAUCAAUCCAAUUCAGCAUGACAAAUUACAUGAUCCAAGUUGGCCGAGUUAUUUGUCAUGCUUUUUGUACUACGUGUGCGGAAGUGAUAAUUUGUGUAGUUGCAUACCACACGAUUCCUACGGAAAAAAAAUCAUACGCGAUUAUUGAGGACCUCGAUUCCGCCAACACCGGCCCUGCGGAUUUCGGAAAACUGAGGGAAAACUUGAAAACGGGAGAACACUUGUUCAACCCAAAAGUUUCUCUACUCCACCAAAACUUCUUCGCGGUCAGAAUUGCGGACAAAAGGACGAUAUGCAUUGCAAGUAUGACUGGGUGGUCUGGAAACUUGUGAUGCUGGGUGGCGUAUCACGAGCAGGCCACAAGUGCUGGCUCAGCAUGACAAGUUUCUGAGCUUCUAGGUGUUGCCUAAUUCUGCAUGACAAAAAAGUGCAGCGCUUGGGUAAUGUGCAUGAGAGAUUGAAGACUCACGCCAGACAAGCAUGACAGACAUGCAAUCUUCCAGACCCAGACAUAUUUCCAUUUCAUAGACGAACCACGAGAACAAAAUCCCGACGGACUCCUUUUCCACGACGGAAGUGUAUGAUGUGGUGAAAAAUCUCGUCGCGGAUCUGCAGUUUGAGGAUUUCGACUUACGAAAAGACUUCAUCGCCGGGGAUGUGACGUUUUCCUACAUGUUUGACGCGGCGAACCAGCACGAUCCGGAGGAUUAUUUGAAACUCUAUUUCUCCGAGUCCGCGAAUUUGAAUUACAAAACGGUUUUCUUAGAGCCAACGCAAUUCACCAGCAGACUAACGGAAUACCAAACCACCCCGCAGACUUUCUCCAGCUCUUUCGGUUUCAACACGGAUGUGAAGGUGAUGAAGCAAGACCCUUUCGGGGAGGAUUAUGAUAAAGAGAUCGGUGGCGCGGAGCAGAAAACGCUGAAAGAAAACAACAACUUCGAGGUGGACCAAGCCGGGAACAAUAACAUGAAUUUAAACUACGGGGGAGACGGGAUUUUGCAACCCGAAUACCAGGGACACAGACACCCCUAUGAGAAACCGAGGAUUCUGGAUUUAUCCAAAGAGUUGAUCGGGAAAGUCCGGAAACCCCCCGUGCAGCUCCCCGUGAUGGAAAAGCCGAAGUGGGCGAAGUAUUUGAUCUUGGCGUCGAAUAAGGAGAGAAGAGCUUAUUCCGCAAUUCCGUUACUCGAUGUGAGUCUCGAGCUGGAAAAGUCGAAGAGAAGUGAUUUGUGGUCUUUUACAACAAGCUCCGGCACGUUUUCAGGGGAUAAGUUGGAGAAAUUGGAAGAGAAGUUGAAUGAUUUGGCAAACGCGGGACUCCCUGGGGUGAAGGACAGUUUUGAAAGGUCCUCCGCGAAGACGAAGCAGUCGCAAGCGAAUUUGUUUUAUGACACGAAACACGGGUCAGUGCACACCAGAUCUAGGUCGCUUCGGGAAGUAGAGAGUAGGAGAACAUUAGCAGCCAGUGACGCGCCGAUUGUGGAGGAUUCGGUGUUCAAAAGACCGGCUGGGAGUUAUCAGGACAAGUGGACAGUGACAGAAAAGAUGAACGGUGCAGCAAUUUCUAGUACCACACCGUCGACUGCAAUCUACAACCCGCAAAAAUUCCUCUAUUUCGACCAGCAGGACGCACUGACCAAGCUGGACGCUUUUUCCUUCAUGAGUUUCAACGACCGGAAUUGCGAACCGAAUCAGUUAAACUUGCUGGUCACUAUUCAAAACUUCGCGUUUUUGGAAGAGAAGAUCGAUAGGCUGUAUUUCGUGGUAGAGGAAUCGAUAGAAAAUUCCGGUGGGUUGAAAGUGGAAAAGUCCACUGUUGUGACAUCGUCUCUAGUAACCAGUCCGAAUACCGCGCAUGCGCACAGCAGUAGUGAAAAUAAACACUCCACUAACACGCCGUUGUCUUGCAGAGCAACGUCCGCCAGGGCGUGCGGGGAUGCGGUGCGAUCGAGGUACCAAGAAUUAGUGGAAAAGUCUGACAUCACCAGUAAUGAAAAAGUUCGGGUGAUCAGAACAAACGGUAUCCCGAACCAUUUGUAUGGCCAGAACCCCGCUGCGCCAAACGAGAUCUGCGAGCAGCCGCGGGAGUAUAAACUGAAAUUAAAACCAGUGAGAAUCUCCAAUACAAUUCCGAAGAAGAAAACGCCACUGGGUGUGAUCGGGGUAUUACGAACCGGCGCUUUUCUCUACAACCCGUUCGCGAACCGAGAAGGGAUAUGGUGAGCAAAAACGUCCCCACCCCAGAGUCAAGAUGGGAGAUCUGCUAGACGAAUCGCCAGGCUUUGGCUGUUUCGCAUGACAAAUCUGGGGUCGUAAUGUAGUCGGGUUCAGCUAGUGCAGCAGCAUCACAGGUCGAGCAUACCACGCGGAUUUGAGCAUCACAAAUCUCAAAGCACCAAUAGAAACUGCUUACUAUGCAUGGGUCCCCGCAUGAGAAACAUUGCCAGCAUGCAGAUUUGCAUUACAGCUCUGGAGUGGGGGCGUUUUUACAAAUGAUAAGGUAGUGUCGCUUUUCAUCCGAGUAACGAGCUGCAGUUUCUGGACAACUGCGCCGGGCACGCGGAUGAACAGUGCGUUUACCACCACCAUUUCGUCAACGCGCAGGUGAGGGCUUGUUCUUUUGAUUGCUUUGACAGAAGUAAAAAUAGUCGGAGUUCUACAUCUACCAGGAGUAGCAGCUCUAGCACGACAAACACCGCUUCUAUCAGUACUCUUUCCAGUUCCUCCAAGGCGGGUAGUUACAAGAAAUCCGGCUGCAAUCACGUCGGGUGGUUACUAGACGGGUUUCCGGUCUUAUCCCACGAAAAAACUGUUUCACUGUGAUGGUUUUGCAAGGCCUGCAUCACAAGUUUCUUACAGAUGACACAGAAAAUUUGCCAUGCUCCCUCCAAAGGGAAAACACCCUUAAAGAGUCAAGGUCUUGUAGGUGUAGCAAGACAAAUAGUUCUGUGUUCCAUUUUAUGCACAACAAGUUUACAGAUACAGCGAAACAGUUUUUUCUUGCGAUAGGUCUACGCGAACUGCGAUCACGCGCUGUUCAAGUCCUGUUACUUAUCCGCAGCAAAAGAAAAAGUAUCGUACUCGUACUGAUAAUUGCAAUACAGCAUGACAGAUCUGGUUUCUUAGCUAGUUCAGCAUUACAAAUUGCAUUUUUCUUUCUGGAGAAAUUUGCCCUGCUAUUUCGACUAGUACGCUUACUAUUUGCAAUGCAUAUUACUACUUGAAAACCCAAUUUUCCAACUUCGACUUCAACGCGCAUGAUGCUGUCCACGCGAGUACACGGGAAAUUGUGAAGGACUCGAUGGGCAAUCUGAAUUUAGGGAACAGCACUACUAUAACCACGAGUUUAAUAAACAACGACACGACAAUUUUCUACCCAGAUAACUCCAUGCAGGCACAAUCCGACUCCAACACGCUGCAAGGGGACAGUGAGUCCGAUUAUAUCUAUCGAGGUGUCGGGAGCUCUCCGAACAACAUGCAGGUCCCACUCGGGGCCUGUCACUUAGACGAGGCGAACGGGUUUGAUUUCACGAGCGAAAAUUUUGUUGAUGUAAACGAGGUGCCGAUGGAGGGGUACGGGUACGUUUUGACGGAAAAUUAUCCCUACGUUCCGAUGUUCUACUCUGGGGAUGCAACCGUGACGGAGACGCAACAUCUACCCCAUUCCAAAUCCAUCCCUAUGAACCAGUACCGAGACUGCCACCCAAGAGUCGCGGAGCUGAACCCCUUUCGGUCUAACGAGAAUCCUGCUGCGAAAACGCACGUGACCAGUGAGAAGACCGAAAGGUUGGUUGAGACAACUAUUAAAUGCACAUGUGUCUGGGUCUGGAAGGUUGGAACUUGUGAUGCUGUUUUUGGAUUCUAAAAAACUCUGUAUUGCAUGACCAGCAACAGGAGCCCAGUUUGCACUACGUCGCAGAGAGGGAAUUUCUCAUGCGGAAUAGCAUGAGCAAGCCCCCAAAAAAUUGGUGAUGCUAGAUCAUGCAUUACAGGCAUCAUGGGUCAUGCAAAAUACGCAUGACAGACCUGGUUCUUCCAGAGGACCCAGACAUAUUUGCAGUGAAUAACAACGGUGGUCAGCCGAAUCCCGGACUAUGAAAAGAAGCAAGUUCCGGAGGAUUCGAGGCAGGCGAAAAGGAAGCAGAUUGUGGUGAAGAAAGUGAAGAAAUCGGAGUUGAAUAUUGUGGACAGGAAUGAGUUAUUCUACACAGCGGAGGUGGAGAUAAAUUUGCCCACUUGGUCCAACACGUAUUCCGAUUUGGUAUUGUACGCGACAAACGCGCGAAUGCUGGCCGGGAACGCAAAAGUCCAGCUGGCGCGGAAAAGAAUCAAGGAGUGCGACCGGAGAUUCACACUACGCGACUUGGAAUUUUUAGACGAAGACCCGGAUUUGCACGAGGUCGGGGGGAAGUUAAGCUUUAAAUUUCCACCAGGGGAAUCGGAGCAAUUGAAAAGCGGGUAUGGAGACUUCCCCAACGACUUACAGACAAAGAACGACACAGUGCCCGGGAGGAACAGCUUACUUGAAGAAUGGAUGAAAACCUACGCGGAUUUACUAAGAGCGGAGGAUCAGGCGAAAGUGAAGCAAGAGAGAGGGUCGAUUUUGCCACUUUUCGCCCCGUUUCAAUCAUCGACGCCUUUGACAAACCCACGGACUUUCUACGGCCCCAUGUCGCCUGAGUCGGGGGAGUUUAGAUUAGCAACUGGGUUGGAGGAAAACGCGGCGACGAGGUCGGAAUUCGAUAAGUACAAAUCGAAAACUCCCACUUUCGACAACGAGCAGAAUAAUGUCGAAAUCAAUUUACAAAAAGCGAAAAACAUGAAAAACGUUUUUAACGCGAACAGCUACAAGUCCUCCGCCACGUGGGAAUCGAUUGCGAAAGAUUUGGUUUUAAGGGUUUUGUUCGUUCCGGGGUCGGAUAUGAAGAAAGUAGAGAAUCAAUAUGAACAAGUGAUGCGAUUGGAGAUCAACACGACAAAACAAACGAUAAUGCAACACUCCGGCUACGAUUCUUCCGCGACCAUGGCGAUGACCCCGAUCCCGAGGUUCAAUGAAACGGUGGUUUUUGACGAUGAACUAGAGCAGCAGAAAUUACUGAUAAAACCGAUGAGUCACGACGAGUCCAUGUUUGACAGUCAGGAGUACCCGACGGGUGCGCGCACCACGAGAACGAAACAGACCAACGGGGUUCUAAACGACUUGGUGUCCGCUUCGGUGUCGACGAACAAAAUCGUCAAAGAUUACGAACACGCAGUGGUCUUAGAAUACGCGGUAGCGAAUUUGAUUUCGACGAGUUACCAAACCGAUUCGAAGGUGGAAAUCGCCAUUCCGCCGAACACGCCGGUGAUUUACGGCAGUCGGAGCACUUUGUCGAUUCAGUUGGUGCACAAACCGAGAAAUGUGGUUUUCAGUGAGCAACCAAUCCCGGUGAGGGAUUACUUUGAUAAAGCGACCGCGGUUUCACUGGAUGUGAGUAGCGGGAAAUUGAAAUUCUCUGGGACGAAGAGAAGCACUGGAGGUAAUGCUGCAUCAAGUAGUAGUAGUGCUGCAACUUCUACUUCUACACAGCAACAAACAACAUGGCAAUUCUACACGACAAAUUGCCUGUUUGAAAGGCCGUUUGAGAAGAUCGAGGACGUGAGUGUCGUGACAAGUACAACUGCUGGUGAUUCUUCUUCUUCUUCAGCUUCUAUCGCACAGCGGCGCUACGAGGCUGACAUUCUGAACAAAAUACCGCCGCACGCGACGAGAAUUUUGAUUUUGGCGGAGUCGGAAACUGGGCAAGUCGAGCAGUCAAAAUACGGCAUGCGGGAUUUUUUCGAUCUGUUAAACCCAGAAAACAGCCAAUUUGGACAAAACACUGCGCCGACGUUUGCUUCUUUAACCGCUGGGAAUAGUAAAAAUGCCUCGAACUUUCUAAUCGAGGAGGUCAUAACGGCAACCAGCGGCCUAACAACCCCUUGCCGCCCACCAGACGUUGCCAAUGUCAUCCCAAGUAUUAAGCCAACCACCUACGAAUCCAAGAAGCUCAUCGUCUCCUGGCCAACAGCCGUUUCCGGGUUGGAUAGUUCUUGCGGUGGCCCGAGCGGGUUCCGUUUGUAUUUGACCGAAACGGCAGACAACGCCGCCGCGGCCGAUUUUCAAGAGGUGUGGCCGAGCUACAAACACACGAUGCUGUAUCCAACGGAGAAGGAGAGGGAAGAGAAUUUGAUCCCAGAUUGCGCGCUCCGUGGCCCGCGGAAAACCGAGUUUGUGGUGAGGGAGAGGAGCAAAUUUGAUUUGCUUUUGGGAAAAACCUAUGCAUUGCAAAUAUGUCUCGGUCUGGAAGCAAGGAUGCAACUUGUGAUGCUGACUUUGGAUUCUACAAAAAUCUGUAUUGCAUGAACAGCAAAAGGAAAAGCAGUCCAGUUUUUGCCACGGCGAGAGGGCAUUUCUCAUGCGGUAUAGGCAUCAGGAAUCCCUCACAAAAUCUGUGAUGCUAGGGCAUGCAUCACAGACAUCAGAAGUCAUGCAAAAUGUGCAUGACAGACCUCGCAUCCUUCCAGACCCAGACAUAUUUGCAUUUGAUAAAACCUUCAACGGAUUCCUCCGGUCGUAUUCUUUCAAAGCGAAGUUCACUGCAACGGAUAGCUAUUACCAGGACUCGGUAGUCAGGGAACUGAAAUUCAUGACACUCCCGGCACAGGUGACGAAGCCGAGAGUGGUAAUGAGUACCAACACGGUCGUGUGGUCGACGCCGGUCAGUUGGGGCGGAAGUAGCAGCGGGCUGGGAUUCCGGGUUUUUAGAGAUAUGGGCAGAAACAGCACGAGUGCGACGGCGGUAGAGAAAUUUGUUUUCUUUUGAUGAAACUGAUGACUUUUUUGUGAGGCACAAGAACGGUUCGUUUGGAAAUUUAUUUCGGUUGACUUCUAACGCAUUGCACUUCCACUCAUUUAUUCAAAAACAACAAAACUCAGCCCAUUCUCGCGGAACCGAUAACGAGCUGUGGCACUCUGGAUGAAACGGCAACAAACUGCACACUGACGGGCUUGACCGCGAACGAACUGUAUCAAGUCCGGGUGGCCGCAUACUCAGAAGUGGGACAGGGGCCGUUUAGUCCCAGAACGGUGUUUAGGGCGGUGUGAAUACCAGUAGGGAAGAAGUUCGUAUAACCAGGAGAAUGUAGGUCUGAUUUUUUUCAAAUUUUCUGAUGAGUAUUUCUCCUAUCUCCUACAAGCUUUUCGCUAUCCCAAUCGCUCUUAUGAAUAUUACCAUUGAAAAUAGGCGAGAUAUUGUCGUACUCAAACAGCAACUACAGACACUAGCUUUAGCUUUUCACUUGAAGUUUCUACCCAUUACCGUUAGAGAGUAGAAUUGACUUGCAUUGACUUUUGUUUCUAGCUUCGUACGUUACUUGGCCGUCAGGUGUUGACAUCGAUGGCCCACUACAGCGCGCAGCUUGUGCUUGAAGAUGAUUUUUAGCAAAUUGGUUUCGUAGGAAAAAGAGAUUAGCAGAUAACAUGUACCAAACUGUUUGGGAGCCGUCGAGUAGAGCAGUAAAUUUUGUAGUUUUUGGUUGUGUAUUUGUAUACUGAUGCAGAAGAAAAAAAAACACAUGAUUACUUUUCCCAAUUUUUAUCGCAGUUGUUUCACUGCUCACGUUCUAAUACGUACCUCAACGUGGAUUUCGUCCGUUCCCACUUAUCGUAUCGAAAAGCAAUUGGACAACUGGCUUCCAAGCGAGUGUCCCAGUUACGUAUUUGUUUGGAUAGCGAUAGCCCAGAUACUAUCAGUUUCUCGAAGAGUGUGGGUUUUCUUUUCGACAGCAGACUUGCACAGAACGAAAUGCAGCUGCGGCAGGGGUCGGAUUUCCUUUCUAGGUGAAUGAAAAAGCACACUGUUCGUCUAUAAUUCUCUUCUCCAUUCAAUGCCAGAGUAAAGAAAUUGAGAGACCAAUGAAAAUGAGAGCCGCGGUGGAAAGACGGGAGACGUUAUCAAUGGACACCAAGAUGAGUGAUAAAUGUGAUCGAGAGGAAAGUGAAAACUACGUGCUAUCCGCUUCGUCUUCAAGAAAGCAUUGUCAUCG